CAUGGCCACAGCUUCCUGCACGCUUACCUGAUCAUCAGAGGAAAAGCUGGGAUGGCACCAACCGCCCCUCCUCCCCUCCCCCCCCCCUCUUCCCCCAAGUCCAAAAAAGUACUGGCUGGCAGCCAGUGACGCAGGAUAAACAAGAGAAUAGACGCCAUUUCCCACACCAUCUCAUCCCCCUUCGUACAGCCUGCCGACUACAGACCAGGGACCAACAAGGCUUCUUAGUCUACACUCGUUGUCCUUCUCCAGGAAAGACAGCAACGAUCCCAAAAUGGCCGAAACAACUACCGCACCGCAGCCGACGUCGGCGUCUACCUCAACGCCGCUGCCCCGCGUCGCGAUCCAGUUCUGCACUCAGUGUAAGUGGAUGCUUCGCGCAGCAUAUUUCGCCCAAGAGCUCCUAUCGACAUUCGGAACCUCCAUCGGCGAGGUUGCCCUCCAACCCUCCACAGGCGGCACCUUCACCGUGACAUUAACUCAUCAACCACCCGGCGCGUCAAUAACCUCGACAACGACCCUCUGGGAUCGCAAGACCGAAGGAGGCUUUCCCGAGACCAAAGAGCUCAAACGCCGUCUCCGAGACGUCAUCCAGCCUGACAGAGACCUUGGCCACGUCGACCGCAAACACUCCAAGCCCACGACGACGGCAACGACGACAGAGGCCACAACGACAACACCCACCGCACCCGACACCUCCACCCAACAACCCCCGACCAUAGCCUCCGACGCACUCGCCACCGCGCCGACAAUGACGAUGCCCUCCUCCGCAGCCUCGGACGUGGUCUCCCAACUCAAGAAACAUCCGGCCAACGCAGGCCAGCACGCCCCGGCCGCAGACGAAACAAGACCCACCUCCGAGAGCACAGAACAGAGCAACCCCUCCGCACUCAGCGACGCAGCCCGAGACGCCAUCGGCGCAGCCCGCGCAAACAAGGGACAACAGGCCAAGGCCGAGAUCUCACCCGCGGGCCAACUGCCCGGUCAACAAUAUGACGAUCCGCCGGCCAAGUUCAACAAGGAGAAGUGUGAAGACUGUGCUUGAGUGUCCAAAUUCCUACAGAUGCAACCCAUACCCGGUCUAGCAGGUCCAUAUAAGGCCUGACCUGGUCUGCUGUAGCCUAUGGCCAACACAACCCAGCCUUGUUAGGCCUGGUGCGGGGUUCCGGAGCGCGGGACUGGCCGUGGGUGGCACCCCAAGUCACAGGAUCCCAAGUCCGCAAAGGUCGCCUAGACUGCUACCCUUAGGUAUUUAAACAUAUCUCGCAACAUCCGUUGUCCAGUGGUUGUAGAAGUUGGGGGCGAUUUAAAGGGCAAUGGAAUGUGAACUGGGAUUACUAGCGAUGCGGACCUGGGGAUCGGCACG